UACGCGGUGCGCAAACCGUUUUGCGUUUUUCGUCUCAAGCAGACGCUGUGAGCAGACGAUAUUGUGCGACCUGUAGUCCCAAUUAAUCCUGAUAACUUGGGCGAAGGGCCGAGGUAUUCGUUAUUUGCGUACAACAUGGCUGGGGUUUUGAAAAAGUCAACAAAUUUAACCAGGGUUGCUGUUGCCCUGAAUCCACAUCAUACUUUGGGAGUAUUGUACAGUAAAAUUCUUAGAGCCGUCGAUAAAAUGCCUAAGGAUUAUCCCUACAGAAUUAAUACAGAGAAAAUUGUUAAGGAACGAGCUGCUCAUGUGAAAAAUAAUCCAAAAGUGCCGGACCUUGAAAAUGCCAUAAACUGUGGUCAAGCUGAAGAAUUAAUUCUACAAGCUGAAAACGAAUUACACUUGGCAAGAAAGUUCUUAGGUUGGAAGCCUUGGGAACCGUUGGUCCAAGAAGCACCUGCUAACCAAUGGACUUGGCCACCACACAAAUAAUAUGUGAUUUAAUUACGCGUAUUUAAAAUGUUUAUAAUCAUUGCAUACGCAAAGUAGACGAUAUUAAAUGUAAAUACAUGUGUCUCUGAAUAUAAAAUAGCAGAUUUUGAAGAAAUUACUCGUGCGUGAAAAUAGGUAUCAUUAAUGAAAUGAAACUAACCUUGGACUAAUCAAAUGAAACUAUAUCAUCUUAAUUACCAUGCUUCUGCGUUGAAAAAUAGGUUCAGAUUUUAAUUUGGAAUAUUUAAGAUUAAUAUUUAUUCGUUUUUCUAACCAAAUCACAUAAUGAGCUUCACUUGUGCCAGAAAGGAAGACAUGAUUAGAAACGGUCUAAUUACGUCUCAAGUCAAGUUAACAGUAAUGCAAAAUUACAAAUCUGCGCAUCUACAAAGAAUUUGCAGCUAAAAUGCCUGUGACGAAUUUAUUCACAAGCUUAAAUUUACACUUUAAAAUUAAAAUUUUAUUUUGGAU